AUGGACCCUUUGCGUUUGAUUAGAGAUCAUACCAUCGCCGGUAUAAUCGCCGAGUCGACGCACGACGAUGAAAGGAUUCACCUGAAGGAUGUCGACGUCGAGCUCCGGCGGACGACGGAGACGAAUUACAGAUCCAAGGCUGGGAACAAGCUGCUGAAGGUGGAGGCGAUAUGGUAUUUCAUCAAGUAUCACGUUGCGAACCCCGACGCGGCGCACACGGCUUACAUGAAGGCGGCGAUCGCGGCGGGGUUCUCGACGCUGUCUAUGUUGGAUCGGAAAGAUUUGAUCGCGUACUUGACGGGGGAGCGAGCUACGAGCGAUCGAAUCGAUAUCACCGUGCCGGUGAUCGUGGAUGAGGAGGGUGUGUCGACGGUUGACGCGAAACGCGCGCGCGAGGAAGACGAGGCGGAAGGCGUGCCGCGAGAGCGCGUGUUAAGAGAUAGGAACUCAGUGCUUCGCGCGCCGAAGGAUAUGACGAGCGUGUUGGAUUUCUUCGCGGCGCCGGAGGAGGAGAAGGAACGUUUAGAAGAGGAGAAGCAGCAGGCGGCUGAUUUAGCCAAGGGGAUUAAAAACCAGAGAUAUCGCGACGUGAAGGAGCAGGUGUUUUGGAGAGAGCACGUCGGGAGCGACUUUGAUAUGAUGAAUUUGGACACCAAUGCGUCCUUCUUGAGUGGGCCCAAGCCACCCGUAGACGACGGCACCGACAUGUUGAUGACGGACGCACGCGCGAUGGAAAAACAGCCGACCGCACCGAGCGGUCCGUCGACUGCGAGUCGUGGAGGACCCGCUGCGGCCGCCAAGGCUCCGCGCAAGACAUCAGGCAAACCGGGCGGCGUCCCGAUCAUCAUCGUCCCCGCCGGGUUCAAUCAAAAGGUCGUUCUCAACAUGUUCAACGCCAAGGAGUUCUUGCAGGACGGCAAGUUUACGCAGUGGGAUGUGGUGCAAAAAGGCGGCGCUAAAAAGUCAAGCUCCGUGUACAUUUCGCGCACGUACAAGCGCGACGGCGCCAAGGUCAAGUACGAAGUCACCGAAAAAGCCCCUCACAAACGUUCCGAAGACUGGGCCCGCGUCGCCGCGGUCUUCGUCCUCGGUGCUAAGUGGCAAUUCAAAGACUGGCCCUUCCGCGGCGUCGAAGACGGUGAUCUCGUCGAAACCUUCACCAAGAUUCGCGGCUUUCACGCCCGCUUUGACGGCGAUCCCGAAGUCGACGUCGUCAAGACCUGGAACGUCAAGCCCAUCACCAUCAGUCGCACCAAGCGUCACGGCGAUCGCGCCGCGUUCGAGUUCUUCUGGGACGAGCUCGAUCGUCACCUCGCCCUUCGUAGCAGCGCCUUGAAGUAUUAA